GCGCAUCGGGCUGGACUUCGGGCAGAGGCACAUUGGCUGGACUCCGGGCAGAGGCACAUCGGGCUGGACUCCGGGCAGAGGCACAUCGGGCUGGACUCCGGGCAGAGGCACAUCGGGCUGGACUCCGGGCAGAGGCACAUCGGGCUGGACUCCGGGCAGAGGCACAUCGGAUUACCAGGUGAAGCAGCAGGCACCGGGCCACCAGGCGGAGCAGCAGGCACCGGGCCACCAGGCGGAGCAGUAGGCACCGGGCCCCUAGGCGGGGCGACAGGCACCGGGCCCCCAGGCGGAGCGGCGGGCGCCGGACCCCCAGGCAGAGCG